UAGAUAAUUUUGAAGAUGAGUGGGAGUGAGCAGAGGGAGGCUCUUAAAUUCCGUCCUCUAAUUAAGCAAUAAACCAAACCACAAUAGAAGAAUAGAAUCUCCAAUGUUCCUUCAUUUUCCCCUUUAAAUAAUCUCAACAUCUUUCAAUUUUUAUUUGCCUCUCAACAAUUAAAACGUUAGCAUUAAUUAUUUCAAACUUCUAAAAAUGGCUCUCUCUUCCACAACAACACUCACUCUAUUCUUCAUGUUACUCUUUCUCCCACAUAUCACUUCUUCUUCUCCCGCUAAUUUCGCUGGGUCAACCUGUCUUAGAGUUUCUCCCACCAAAUUCGUAGACUCCGCUGAAGAAGUUAUUACCGUUCUACAACAAGUCACCUCCAUUUUAUCACGAUUCGGCAAUGUUUUCGGCAACUCUCGUUUUUCCCACGCCAUUACUGAUUGCCUCGAUUUACUCGACUUGUGCUCCGAUGAACUUAACUGGGCCAUGUCCGCUUCUCAGAAUUCCAACGGGAAAGAUAACAGUACUGGAAAUCUGAGCUCUGAUCUAAGAACAUGGCUGAGUGCUGUUCUUGUGAAUCCAGAUACAUGCAUAGAAGGACUAGAAGGUACAAAUGGUAUUGUCGAAGGUCUUGUAUCAACCGGUCUUGUUCGUAUAAUGUCAUUGGUGAAGAAUCUACUUCUUCAAGUGGAUCCUAUCUCCGAUCACUUCGAAACCAAACUUGGAAAGGAUCGAUUUCCUUCGUGGUUAAAAGACGCAGACAUGAAGCUGUUGAAGACAAACGGAGUGACUGCGGACGCUGUUGUUGCAGCCGAUGGGAGUGGAGACUACACUACCGUCAUGGAUGCGGUGAUGGCAGCACCUGAUAACAGCAUGAAAAGAUAUGUUAUAUAUGUGAAAAAAGGUGUUUAUGUUGAAAAUGUUGAGAUUAAGAAGAAGAAAUGGAAUAUUAUGAUAAUUGGUGAGGGUAUGGACGCCACUGUCAUCUCCGGUAGUCGAAGCUAUGGGGAUGGUUGGACUACAUUCCGAUCAGCUACCUUUGCUGUUAGUGGCAGAGGGUUCAUAGCACGCGAUAUUUCAUUUCAAAACACUGCUGGCCCCGAGAAGCAUCAAGCAGUGGCAUUAAGAUCAGACUCAGACCUAUCUGUAUUUUAUCGGUGUGGAAUUUUGGGUUACCAAGACAGUCUAUAUACUCACACCAUGCGUCAAUUCUACCGAGAAUGUAAAAUCAGUGGCACAGUUGAUUUCAUCUUUGGUGAUGCGACUGCCAUGUUUCAGAAUUGUCAAAUACUAGCGAAGAAAGGAAUGGAAAAACAAAAGAACACAAUCACAGCUCAGGGACGAAAAGACCCAAACCAACCGACCGGAUUCUCGUUCCAAUUUUGUAACAUCUCGGCGGAUUCCGACCUUUUACCAUUGGUGGGAAGCAUUCCAACAUACCUUGGUAGACCUUGGAAGACAUAUUCGCGAACAAUAUUCAUGCAAUCCUACAUGAGUAAUGUGAUAUGGUCAGAAGGGUGGUUAGAGUGGAACGAAAGUUUCGCUCUAGACACAUUGUAUUAUGCAGAGUAUAUGAACUCGGGAGCGGGUGCUGGGGUUGGUAACAGAGUGAAAUGGCCAGGGUACCAUGUUUUGAAUGCUGCUAGCCAGGCUACUAGUUUCACUGUGGCUCAAUUUAUUGAGGGGAAUCUUUGGUUACCUUCCACAGGUGUAACUUACACUGCUGGUUUGACUAAUUAAACCUUGUAUGUCUUGGCAUUAAUAUUGUACUUAGUUAUUCAUAACAUUAUUGGUAUUGUAUCUACGAAAAAUAUAUGUGUAAAAGAAAAAGGAGACGGAUUAUUAAUUAGUACCUUAUUAUUAGAUAUUUUUUGUUCUAUUCAGAAGUGAAGUGGUUUGUGUAGAGAAAUGGGGCAACUGUUCUUCCCCCAAUUAAAAACAUGGGAUUUUCCCGUACUAUUGAAAAAGUGAUCCUAAGGAAAUAUAGUAAUGAAUCUCCAAUUAGGGGUAUUUAUGGUGCAAAAA